CAGAUAGCUCGGCUAUAAAAGCCAUCGCACUUACCCAGCUUAACCAAAUCACCAUGCGCCUCUCGAUCGUAUUCGGUCUCGCCAUCCUCGGCUGCCUCCUCUUCAUCCAGGAGGGCAGUGGAGACUCCACAAGCACCACGGAGGCGGCCACAACCACGACCACUUCCACUGCCACCACCACUACGGAUUCGUCUGCCACCACCACCACCACCGCCGCCUCCUCCACCACCACCACCGCGUCCUCCUCUUCGUCCUCCUCCUCGGCGGCCAGGAGGCGCAGGCGUGCUCGCCGCCGUCGACUGGCCCGCGAGCGCCAGCGCCGCGAGCGCAGGAGGCAGCGCAGGAAUGAGAGGCUGCGCCUGCAACUGGAGAACCAGCGCCGCCUGAUCAAGCGGCUGCGCGGAUAGGUGGACCGGAUGCAGGACGCUUGGGAAACGCCUUUCAGAGCUGCGAGCCACAGUCCAAUUAAAGAAAUUGAAAAUAUUUGAGCUGUUGUUUCUUGGUUAUAUCAAGGGCUUUUCUAGCAACGUAUCAGAUCCCAAAAUAAACGGCAUUAAUUUAAGUUGUAUUGUAUGGUUGGUUCCGUAUGGUUGGCAUAGUAUCAGUAAUCAAAAAUUAAAUUAUAAGCUCGAUCUUUAAAAAAAUGUCUUUUCUACAACCAACUCAUAAAUUGUUUCUGAAACAAUAUAUUAUCAAUUACAUACUUAAAAAUCCAAA